UGAUGUGUCCUACAGAAUGAGCCGGCUCCUUUAAGUGAACGGUGGGAGUCGUCUCUCGGAAAGGAACGGAGCCAUAAGAGCCGGCUCACUUCAAAGAGCCAUUACUAUUUUACAUGUGAAGCAACAGCAGAGGAGCUCUGACAAAGCUCCGCCCCUCACAUGACUCACCUGAGACAAACCAGGAAACAGUUUGUUAUUCUUCCUCGCUACAGAGAGACACUCAGACUGAAACACAGACGACCAGAUUCACCUUCAGACCAAACUAACAGCUUCCUCUGAGUGAGUUCAGCUACAGGAGAGAAACGUGGAAAACAAACCGCUGCUUCAGCCUGCGGACACUCCACACACUGGAUCUUCACUCGGAGACAAAAUGGCUUCCAGAUCAGAGGAGGAUUUCUGCUGUCCGGUCUGUCAUGAGGUCUUUAGAGAUCCUGUUGUUCUGUCGUGUAGCCACAGCUUCUGUAAAGACUGUCUGCAGAGCUGGUGGAGAGAGAAUCCAGCACACGAGUGUCCAGUUUGUAAGAGAAGGUCUUCAAAGUCAGAACCACCUUUAAACCGGGUGUUAAAGAACCUGUGUGAGGCCUUCUUAAAGGAGAGAGAUCAGAGACCUUCAGAGGCUCUCUGCAGUCUGCACUCUGAGAAACUCAAACUCUUCUGUCUGGACCAUCAGCAGCUAGUGUGUCUCGUCUGCAGAGAUUCAGAAAAACACAGCGACCACAGAUUCAGACCCAUCGAUGAAGCUGCAAGACAACACAAGGAGGAACUUCAGGAAACUCUGGAGCCCUUAAAGAAGAAGUUAAAGGUUUCUGAACAAGUUAAAGUGAAGUUUGGUCAAACAGCAGAACACCUGAAGGUCCAGGCCCGACACACAGAGAGGCAGAUUAAGGAGCAGUUUAAGAAGCUUCACCAGUUUCUAGAAGAGGAAGAGGAGGCCAGGGUGGCUGCACUGAGGGAGGAAGAGGAGCAGAAGAGUCAGAUGCUGAAGGAGAAGAUGGAGGCUCUGAGCAGAGACAUAGCAGCUCUUUCAGACACAGUCAGAGCCACAGAGGAGCAGCUGAGAGCUGAAGACGUCUCAUUCCUGCUCAACUACAAGGCUGCAGUGGAAAGAGUCCGGCAGCGCCCCCUGCUGGAGGAUCCACAGCUGCCCUCAGGAGCUCUGAUAGACCAGGCCAAACACCUGGGCAACCUGACCUUCAACAUCUGGAACAAGAUGAAGGACAUGGUCUCCCACACUCCUGUGAUCCUGGACCCAAACACUGCUCAUCCAGGACUCAUCCUGUCUGAAGAUCUGACCAGUGUGAGACGAGGAGACGAGCAGCAGCUUCCUGACAAUCCAGAGAGGUUUGAUUACUUUCCCAUUGUCCUGGGCUCGGAGGGCUUCAGCUCAGGGACUCACAGCUGGGAGGUCGAGGUUGGAGACAGUACACACUGGUUUCUGGGUGUGUUAGCAGAGUCUCUCCAGAGGAAGGGACGCAUACGGUCUGGAUUAUGGGGAAUAGGGUUAUAUAAAGGUGAAUACUCAGCACGGUCACCAUCAGCUCUACCCACUGCUCUCCGAGUGCCGAAGAAGCUCCAGAGGAUCAGAGUGAAUCUGGACUGGAACAGAGGAAAGCUGUCGUUCACAGAUCCUGAUACUAACACACACAUACACACCUUCACACACACUUUCACUGAGAGGAUGUUUCCAUUCAUUAACACUGGGGAUAAACUGCAGAUAUCAGCAGAGAAGGUCUGUGUGACAGUGGAGCAGAGCAGUUAGAGAUAAAGAGGAUGAUUAUAUUUAUGAUGAUGUUUAUUUCUUAAAGGGAAAAGUCUCUGAAUUGAACCUGUGAAGCUGCACCUGUCCUCCUGCUUCCUCAUUAUUCCAAAGAUAUGUUAGUUUCUGAUCUAAAUGUUUGGUUUGUUUCACCUUUUCUUUUUUAUCAAUACUGUGUCAUUUUAAAUUCUCAUUUUAAAUCACGUUUUAUUAUUUGGACUCGUUUGUGUGUGGAGCCAUGAGGACCAGCAGCCACUUUGUGAAGCCGAUGAGGAUCCAAAUAAAGAAAAAAUUACCAGUUUAUCAAAAAGUGUACAUGUAUUAAAUGUUUAAAAUAUAUAUAUGAUUAUAAAUAUAUUAUAAAUAUGUUUUAAAUCAACCAAAAUAUAUAUUUUUGGGGGAGGGGGGGGCUUUGCCUUUAUUUGAUAGGAACAGCUGAAGAGAGACGAGAAAUUGGGGGGGGGCAAAGGGCCGCAGGUUGGACUCGAACCGAGGCCGCUGUAGAAAGGACUCUGCCUUGUACAUUAAAGUGUUUUCAUUCAGUUUCCACCAGUUGAAUUCUGCUGUUAUUCAUUUAGUCAGAGAAGUCGUUUUAUUUAAGGUGAACAUCUCAGUUUGGGUUCAGACUUCAUGUAAUGUUGGUGAUUUAAGAAUAUUAACAUUAACGCAAUAAUGCUAAAUGUGCAUUUAUUCUUGUUUUUCAUCAACAUAAUAAUAUGUUGUCUUUUCUUUUCUUGGUUGUCAUUAAUAGAAAUAAUAAUUUUAUUUAUAUAGCACUUUUCAAGCUUAAACACAAAGUGCUUUUCAGAUUAAAAGAUUCACAGGAAAAAUGUAAAAAAAAAAACCAUGCACCCCCCCAUAUGACGUACAAAAUUAGGAACAUGAAAGCAUUGUAUUAUAUUGUUUGCUAGUACUUUCUCCUGUGUGCACUGAUGUAAAGGCGAGCUGCUGUAACAAAGAGUUUCCCUUCGGGGAUCAAUAAAGGAUUUCUGAUUGUGA